AUGGCUCUUGUUCUUCGUGCCCAUCGACUGUUACUUGACAGCGCAGCCGAAGUAAUACAGAACGGUGCCGUCAUAGUCAGCGGCGAUCGCAUUCAAGAUGCAGGCUCAUGGACGGAUCUGCGGAACAGGCUGCUAUCAGACGCCACGGUCCAAGAUCUUGGAGAUGUAACUCUCAUGCCAGGCCUUUUCGACUGUCAUGUUCACCUGUCCAUGGACCCAUCCUCUCUGAACGCAACAACAGACUCCAACUUGAGCGAACCGGAAAUGCUCGACCUGAUGACCCUGAACGCGUCCAAACUACUCGAUGCCGGGGUAACCACGGCUCGUGAUCUCGGUUCACCAGGUGUUGUCGGUGCCAUCAUCAGAGAUCUUAUCGCAGCGGGCGAAAUCGAGGGCCCAAGGCUACAAGUAGCUCAUGCUCCGAUUACUGUGCCCGGUGGACAUGCAUGUGCGAUGGGUGGCGAGGCGGAAGGUGUUGACGGCGUUAGAGCCGAGGUCAUCAAGCGGGCUGCGGAGGGAGCAAAUCUCGUCAAGGUCAUGAGUACCGGGGGGUUCAUGACGGCGGGCACGCAUCCGGGAAAGGCAAGAUAUUCUCUGGAGCAGCUGAAAGCGAUUGUUGAGGAGGCGCACAAGCAUGGCAUGCCGGUCACAACACACGCCACGGGAACGGAGGGGAUUGAGAGAGCGGUUGAUGCGCGGCUGGACUCGAUUGAGCAUUGUGCUUGGAUAUCUGGUGACAACACUCACUUUGAACAAAAUAUUGCAAAGAAGAUGGUCGAGUACGAUAUAGCAGUCUGCCCAACGAUGAACACGGCUUGUGUCGAGCACAACUAUUUCUGCCCUUGGGACUCGCGGAAGGCAAUUGUGUCCAACUUGACGCAACUAAGAAGUGCUGGCGUCAAGAUGAUUGUUGGUACCGAUGCGGGCAUUCCUCUCUGUCGGUUCGAGAGAUACUUUGAUGGUUUGACUGUUCUUGCCGACGCUGGAUAUACCGUACGGGAAAUCAUUGCCAGCGCAACGUCCAUACCCGCAUCAAUCUGUGGGCUAGCCAAUGAGACUGGAAGAAUUGCCUCUGGCUUUUCGGCAGAUCUAGCAGCGUUCGAAGGGGACGUUCUUGGAAAGGGUGGUGUGCUGGCCUUUGGAAAGCCAAAGUUCGUCAUGGCUCGUGGACAAGUUCAUAAACUACAGGAGAUCACGGAGGUGGGGGACGUGGCCAAGCAGGCCCAGGAUACGGUGAGAGCACUUCGAAAGGGGGCUGGAUUGCCUGAUAUCUUGUAA